AUGAUUAGCUGCAAGCUGGAAACUCUCAACUUUCUGGAAGAUAAUGUCGACUACGAAACCCUUUCCUACGCUUGGGGUAGCUCUGAAGAUAAGGCUACGAUAAUAGUCAAUGAAGCCACGCUGCAAAUCACACAAAAUCUGAGAGACGCCCUGUCGUAUCUGAGACAUGACUCAAAGCCACGUUCCAUCUGGAUCGACGCAAUCUGCAUCAAUCAAUCUGAUGUCGAUGAGCGCAGUUCGCAGGUUCGUUUGAUGGGACGGAUCUAUUCCUCUGCCUCGUGUGUCAUUUCAUGGCUUGGGCUAGAGGAGGAUCCCAUCGACUACGUCGAACUAUUGAAGAAGGCCAGGUCAUUGAUCGAAUUGGUCAAGUCAUGCUCGACAGACGAGUUGUUCGCACUCCUGUUGGACAGCCCAAGCAAAGAGGACCUUGAAGAAGUAUUUGAAAAUGGUUUCUAUUCUCCUCAACUUGUCAUCGGUGAACGAAAGUACCGUCCACUAUAUUGGCAAAGAGCUUGGAUUAUCCAAGAGGUCAGCUUGGCCCGAGUUUGGAAAUUGCAGUCGGGUGAUCUUUGCAUUUCAGAUGGGGACAUUGAAGCAGUGACGGAAAUACUUCAGGACCCCAGGAUGAAAAUUGUCAUGAAGAAGAAAAACAAACGCAGCAAGAGCCUUUCGACUCCGCGAAAAUGCGUCAUUUCAUUACGAACCAAGUACUCCGCUCAGUGA